AAAUCAAAAACAAAUUUGAACCGUACUGUGUACUUAGUCAUGAGCUAGUCACAAAUCACAAUAAAUCACGGUAUCGAAGUGCGGAGUGCGGUACAACGGUUCGUCUGAAAUUCAUCCUGUUAUUCGUGAAUGAGAAUAAAUAACGAGAGUGCAAUGAGUGCGAGUAUGAAGGAGACAGUGCAUAAUUUGAGCAAUGUUGUGAACAACGAGCAUGUUCACGGGAAUGAAGAGGCAGUUAUCUCUGAGGAGUCGUCAGCCAAGCAGAAGUUAAGGAGCUGGUUGAAUCGACAUCUACGUAUUGAAAUGACUGAUGGAAGGGUGUUGAGAGGAGCGUUCUUAUGUACGGAUCGUGAUGCCAAUGUUAUUUUAGGCUCGUGUACCGAAUAUUUGUCUACGGAGCAUACGGAAGCGAGAGUCUUAGGCUUGGUGAUGGUGCCCGGUCGACAUAUUGUCUCGAUUCAUUUAGAUGUUUAAAGCAGCGCUGUUCUUGCAAGUCUGGUCAACAAUUUCUGGCAGCUUUUCUAUUCUUAAUUUCCCUUUAAAGUCUUCACCCAGAUAUUUUUUACAUAAAUAAAAGCACGUUUUGAUUUUUAAUGUUUAGAAAGAGAAAUUCAAAAAGCGCGAGUGAAAAAGGCAGACGAUAAUGUGUACAUAACCUCACUAGUAAAAGUCAGCUGAUAAAGAAAAAUUAGACAGGAGAAAUUAAAGUAAUAGAAAUUCAACCGAUUAAGAAAACUGGAAGAAAGGAUGAAGGUCUGUGAUUGUAAUAUUUAAUUUUUUUAUUCGCGGAAAAC